CUGGAUAUCACAGGGACGAGAAGACGCGCGUUAAAAUAUAUGGUUAAUUUUUUACUGGAGGAAGAAACAAUGAGAGGAAUCUAAAACAUCUCAUUCUGCAGAUUGAGAUUGACUUAUGGGGGCUGUUAGCCAUGGAUACUUCAGAUGAACUGAACAUGACUCAAGUGGAAGAGUCUCAACUUGAGGUUAAAUCUUCCAACUGCUGCUCAUCUACAACCCCGACCAAUGACGGGAACUUUCUGAAGCUCGAGGACAGCACAAAGCUGUUUGGAGUUCAAGUUAUUCUCAUUCUUGCUUACAGCACAAUCAUACUGUUCGGAGUCAUCGGAAACUGCUUAGUGAUAUAUGUCGUCUACAAGUUUAAAAAUCUACGCACUGUUACCAAUUUCUUCAUUGUAAAUUUGGCUGUGGCAGACUUGCUGGUGAACACUCUGUGUUUACCUUUCACGCUGGUCUACACUCUCUACGGCGAGUGGAAGUUCGGUCAGGUGCUGUGCUUCAUGCUGCCCUGCGCUCAAGGCAUAGCUGUGCAUGUGUCCACCAUCACUUUGAACAUCAUUGCCUUGGACCGCCACAGGAGCAUCGUCUACCACAUGGAGACCAAGAUGUCCAAAGACAUGUGCACUGUGGUCAUUGUCAUCACGUGGGCCGUCAGCGCCCUGCUGGCCAGCCCGCUCGCCAUCUUUAGGGAGUACGGGACCUUCGAUCUCUCACCGGAUGAGUCUAUUCAGGUGUGUACAGAGAAGUGGCCGGGAAGCAGCAUGAACGGAAGUAUCUACAGUAUAUCAAUGCUUCUGGUUCAAUACGGUUUACCUUUGGCCAUCAACUCUGUUGCCUACAUCCGCAUCUGGAAUAAGCUGAAGAACCACAUGACUUCUGGAGGCCGAAACGACCACCAUCAGCGCAGAAAGAAAACCACCAAGAUGCUACUGACCAUGGUGGUGGUCUUCGCUGUCAGUUGGUUGCCUUUCCACGCAUUCCAGUUGGCUGUCGACAUUGACAGCAGUGUUCUGUAUAUGAAGGACUUUAAGCUGCUUUUCACUGUGUUCCACAUUGUGGCUAUGUGCUCGACAUUCGUCAAUCCCAUCCUGUAUGGGUGGAUGAAUAACAACUACAGGACGGCGUUUUUGUCUGUAUGUAAGUGUCAGCAGCCUUUCAGUUUGAGGUCGAGACGCUCCAAAGGCAGACAGACACAUAAAGAGGAAGACAGGGUCUGUACAGUUGGUAAAUCAACAAAUGUCUGAGCUGCACAGUCACAGAUAGUGAACAAAUAAUAAUUUGUGGAAAGGUGAAGUUUUUAUUUGGUUUUGUGUUGAAGACUCACCUUCAACUGUAAAGUAAGUCAACUGAUUACUAACACUGCUACACUUGCUGUCAUUCUAAUCAAUGAUGCGUGUCAACCUUAUGUGUUUGUGAGUCACA